GGAGCGGGGCGGAAGGCGCGGUUCCUCCUCUGAGCGGUGGCACUGAGGCUAUGGGUAGCCAGGAGGUGCUGGGCCAGGCAGCCCGGCUGGCCUCCUCGAGUCUCCUGCUGCAGGUAUUGUUUCGAUUAAUCACCUUUGUCUUGAAUGCAUUUAUCCUUCGCUUCCUGUCUAAGGAGAUCGUGGGCAUAGUGAAUGUCAGACUAACCCUUCUUUACUCAACGACCGUCUUCCUGGCCAGGGAGGCCUUCCGAAGAGCCUGUCUGAGUGGCGGUGCUCAGCGCGAUUGGAGUCAGACCCUCAACCUCCUGUGGCUAACUGUCCCCCUGGGUGUAUUUUGGUCCUUACUCCUGGGCUGGGUCUGGUUGCAGUUGCUUGAAGUGCCCGAUCCAGAUGUGGUGCCCCACUACGGAGCUGGAGUGGUGCUCUUUGGUCUCUCAGCAGUGCUGGAGCUUCUGGGAGAGCCUUUCUGGGUCUUGGCACAAGCACACAUGUUUGUUAAGCUCAAGGUCCUUGCUGAGAGCAUGGCCGUCAUCUUCCGGAGUGUCCUGACGGCUUUCCUUGUGCUGUGGUUGCCUCACUGGGGUCUGUACAUUUUUUCUCUGGCGCAGCUUUUGUAUACUGCUGUUCUGGUGCUCUGCUAUGUGAUUUAUUUAAUAAAAUUACUGCAUUCCCCAGAAUCAACCAAGCAACUAACUCUUCCUGUCUCCAGAAUAUCACAACUGUUGCCCACUAUUACAAGAAGCAGAGCAUUUGUCAAUUGGAAAGAGGCUAAAUUGACUUGGAGUUUUUUCAAACAGUCUUUCUUGAAACAGAUUUUGACAGAAGGCGAGCGAUAUGUGAUGACAUUUUUGAAUGUAUUAAACUUUGGCGACCAGGGCGUAUAUGAUAUAGUGAAUAAUCUCGGGUCCCUUGUGGCCAGGCUAAUUUUUCAGCCAGUAGAGGAGAGUUUUUAUAUAUUCUUUGCUAAGGUACUAGAGAGGGAAAAGGAUGCCGCACAUCAGAAGCAGGAGGACGUUGCUGUGGCUGCUGCGGUAUUGGAGUCUCUCCUCAAGCUGGCCGUGCUGACUGGCCUGACCAUCACUGUUUUUGGCUUUGCCUAUUCUCAACUGGCUCUGGACAUCUAUGGAGGAGCCAUGCUUAGUUCAGGAUCGGGUCCUGUGUUGAUGCGUUCCUAUUGUCUCUAUGUCCUCCUGCUCGCAGUCAACGGUGUGGCCGAGUGUUUCACGUUUGCGGCUAUGAGCAAAGAGGAGGUUGACAGAGACUCCAGUUCAAGUCCCAACACCCACAUGGCAGCUAGCAAUCUUCAGGAACUCCAGGGACCUGACCUGACAACCUCUUCUGGUCUUCUUGGGCAAUGCAUGCAGGUGGUGUACAGACAUGGAUUCUUUGUGUCUCCUCUUCUGCCGCGACCCCUGAGCCUCGGGUGUAGGAGUUGUGUUGUAGAUGGAUCAGUUGGGACUGUGCUCCACAACUCUGCAUUUUGAUUGGCUAUCUGUUUGUUGCAAAGAGAAGUUUCCGUGAUGGGGGUGAGAAUUACAUUUGUAUCUGAAGAUUUGGAGCUAGGAACUCAGAGUAGUAGUGUGAAUGGAAAUACAAGCUCUUGUAUGCUCAUUGGUCAUGAAACCAGAUUUUCUACUGAGAAGUAAAUGAAUGUUCUUUCUUUAAUUCUGGAUGAAAUUAUACAUCCUUUGUUGGAGUACAGUGUGUGUGCAUGUGUGUGUAUGUGUAUGUGCGUGUGUGUGCACAUGCGUGUGUGUGUAUGUGUAUGGGCAUGUGUGUGUGUGUGUCUUAUCAUGCACUCUAAUAAAGCAAGUUUCUGUAGAGCUGUGAUCAUGGUCAGUCCUUGGGUGGUUCGCAGCCUCAGUGUGCUGAUUCAUUUCUCUGCUGAGCAAAUGUAAGCUCCACAGGAUAGGAGCCAUGCAUAUUAAUGUUUGCCAGUGUCUCUAGCAGCCCUCACAGUCCUUUACAGAGCUGGCAUUAUUACUCAGGUCACAUUCAUUGGAGAUUUCAACUGAAAAGGAUUUUUGUGUUUUGAUUACAAAGAAUCACCUCAUAAAUUGUUAUCCUUAGAAAUGUAAGUAUCUUGAAUUGUAUGUGUUUUGUUUAGGGGUCUUAUUUGCAUGUUAACUAUGUCAUAUUCAGGGUUACAAAAACAUUGGUUAUGGCUGGGCUUGGGAACACAUACCUGUAAUCUUAGCUCUUGGAGGCUGAGGCAGGAAGAUUAUGAGUUUAAGGCCCCAGGGUUGUAGAUGUUGCUCAGUAAAGAAUGUUUGCUUAACUAGGUGGUGGCAAACACCUUUAAUCCCAGCACAUGGGAGGCAGAGGGAAGUAGAUCUCUGCAAGUUCGAAGCUAACAUCAUCUACAAAUCAAGUUCCAGUUGUAACGAGAGCUACAACAGAGCAAUCCUGUCUUGAAAAACAAAAAACAAAACAAAAAAAAGAAUGCUUGGUUUGUGCAUUGUGAGGUACUCUCUGAGUACCUCAGAGAGAGAGACACACAGAGAGACAGAGAUUGAGAUUCCGGAAGGCCAGCCAGCCUGAGCUAUAUAGUAAGGUAGAGGUAAGCCUAGACUGUCUCAAAACAAAACAACAACAACAAAACCAAGGACUGAGCCAGGUAUUGUAGUUCAGGUCUAUAAUCCUUGUACCCUGGAGAUUCAAAGUCAACAUGGGCUACAAAGUGAUAUGCCUUGUUGAAAAAAGAAAAAGCAUACAAAGGCAAAGGAACAUGCCUAGCAUAUGUAAGGCCUUGGGUUUCUCUAGCACAAGAACUAAACAACCCAUCCCAGCCCACAGCACACAUAAAAACAUUGGAUUAAGAGUAAUAUGAGCUCAGAUCUCUCUGUGAGUUAAUAUGGCCACUCUUUUGUGUAAUGUUCUUGUCCUCGCCA